UUUUCAUAAUAAUGAGUGAUUUAGAAAAUGAAUAUUUUCUGGACGAGAGCGUUAAUGAAGAUGAUGUAGAUGUAGAGCUAAUAAGGCUUGUAAAAGUUAAUCCAGGGCUCUGGGACAAGAGUUCUAAGGAGUACAGUAAUAUUUUAGAAAGAGAUAUGGGCUGGGAGUCUGUAGCAUCACCUUUGCCAAUUGAAAUGAUAGGGACUGAUGCAGCAAAAAGGUUUCGCACACUGCGAACUACAUUGGUCGCUACUAUAAAAAAGUAAGGGAAUCUCAACCUAGAUCUGGUGCUGAGUCAAACUGGCCCAUUUAUCAGCCAAAUUGGCCGCUCUAUGAGGAGCUGCUCUUUCUGAUUGACGUCAUAAAACCACGCCAUACAAAGUCAAAUACAUUUGCUAAGUCAGUAUUGAAGCCACAAACAGAUCAAAACAACAACCAUAAUAUAGCUGUCCUUGGAUCUAACAAACGUUCGUCACAACAAUCACAAUUCAGCUCGAGUUCUGCACAUACCAAUAGUCCAAAGUCGCAAGUGUAUUCCAGUUCAAGUUCUGCUUGUACCAACAGGUCAAAGUCAGAAAUGCACUCCUGCUUAAGUUCUGAACAUAUUAACAAUCCAAUGUCAGAAAAACAUUCCUACUCAAGUUCCAUACAUGCUAAUAGUGCAAUAUCACAAGGGCAUUUCAGUUCCACCUAUAGUGUUCAGUUGCAACCAUCGACAUCUAGA